UCGCGAUUAAUCGCAUCCAAAAUAAAUCUACAUGAAGUUUUCAGUUGAGUUCUCAAUGGUUCACAGCCCUAAUUAACCUGCUUCCUACUUCUGUUCUAGUGUUCUAGUCCUGGUAUACAAGACAAAUUUUCAGCACUCGUCAUCUACCACAGCCUCACUGCAGUCUCAGCACAUUUGUCUUCAGCACUCCCCUAAAGUUCAGGCACACACACGUUUCACAGCCAGCCAGGUUCCUCGCGGGAGCCGCGUUUCACAAGUCUCUCUAAGGUCAGGCGUUCUGCGUCUGGGAUCCGUGCAACACUGCGGCGUCUCUCUCACUCUGGGAUAUGGCAGCAAAUGCUAAAUUUGGACACAGAAAGCCUUCAUUCCAAUAAAGCCUUGGUCUCCUGAGUCAACGGACAAAAAGAUCAGGGUUUGCUGGAGGAGGUGGUAAAUUAUUCAUGGCUUUAUACGAUAUGCUGGGAGCAAUUCUCUCCCUCUCUCUGUUGCACUCCUCUAGUCGUUCUCUCCCUCUUGCUUCUCUAGAAACUUUCCCUCCACCUGCAAGUCAAGACCUCCAGUUUCCCGUCAUAUGUUUGACAGGAUCUGAAUAUUGUAUCUGAAUGUUUGGACCAAUCAGAAGACCAGAUACGAAGACAUUCGUCCAGGUACGCCCUCUGCUCGAGUGUGUGUCUUGUGUGUUCAUGCGUGUUGGAAGCAGGUGGAUCACGGAUGCGUCUGCAAGCUCUUCAUCAAGCGUGCGUUUUGUGAUUCUGGAUAUAAUUCCGCCCCUGUGGAUACAGACACACAUUAGGACGACUGUCGUUAAACAUCCGUUUAAUCUGUUCUGGGAUUUUCCACUGAGGAGACAUUAAGACAGGGGAAUGUGGACGUGGGAGAGAACGUGUCUCCGUCUCCUGCACGAUUCACUGUGAACCAGCAGCCUCCAUCCUAAAGAGCCGAGAAGCAUUUACUGCCCGUAACCGGUAGGAUGGUAGCAGGGGAAGUGAGUGGGCACAGCUUCCUGGUGGCAUGCUGGCAGCCCAUUCUAAUCUUAAUGCUGGGCACAGUGCUGUCUGGCUCUGCCACGGGCUGCCCAUCACGCUGCGAGUGCAAUGCUCAGGAGCGUUCUGUCUUGUGCCACCGCAAGAAGCUGAUGUCUGUUCCAGAGGGAAUCCCAUCUGAAACACGACUCCUGGACCUCAGCAAGAAUCGAAUCAAAACCAUCAACCCAGAUGAGUUCUCCGCCUUCCCGCAGCUGGAAGAGCUGGAGCUCAGUGAAAACACCAUCUCGACCAUUGAGCCAGGGGCCUUUAACAACCUCUUUGGCCUGCAGACUCUGGGACUGCGCAGCAACAAGCUGAAGCUCAUCCAGCUGGGAGUGUUUACGGGCCUCAGUAACCUAACAAAGCUGGACAUCAGUGAAAAUAAGAUCGUAAUUCUGCUGGACUACAUGUUCCAGGACCUCUACAACUUGCGCUCUCUGGAGGUUGGGGAUAAUGACCUUGUCUUCAUAUCCCACAGGGCGUUUCACGGCCUCAGCAGCCUGGAGCAGCUCACGCUCGAAAAGUGCAACCUGACCUCUGUCCCGACAGAGGCCUUCACGCACCUGCACAGCUUGGUCACGCUGCGCUUGCGAAACCUCAACAUCAACAGCAUCAGAGACUACAGCUUCAAGCGGCUCUACCGUCUCAAAGUGCUGGAGAUCGCCAACUGGCCCUACCUGGAUACUAUGACCACCAACUGCUUGCACGGAUUGAAUCUUACCUCCCUAACGAUCACUAACGCAAACCUGACAUCAAUUCCGUAUUUGGCCUUGCGGCACCUGGUUUAUCUUCGUUUCCUUAACAUGUCCUACAAUCCCAUCCAGAUGAUCGAAGGCAACCGGCUUCAUGACCUGCUUAGACUGCAAGAGUUCCACCUGGUGGGCGGUCGACUGACGAUGAUUGAACCCUAUUCCUUUAGAGGACUGAACUACCUGAAAGUCCUCAAUGUGUCCAGCAACUCCCUUAGCACCCUAGAGGAGUCUGUGUUCCAUUCGGUGGGGAACCUGGAGACCCUCGCAUUGUAUGACAACCCGCUGGCUUGUGAUUGCCGUCUGCUUUGGGUUUUCCGACGCCGCUGGAGGCUCAACUUCAACCGCCAGCAGCCAACUUGCUCCUCACCCGAGUUCGUUCAGGGAAAAGAGUUCAAGGACUUCCCUGACGUGCUGCAAACCAAUUACUUCACGUGUCGCAAGUCUAGGAUUCGAGACCGGAAACCCCAGCAGAAGUUCGUUGACGAAGGCACCACCGUCCACUUUGUCUGCCAAGCAGAUGGAGACCCGACACCCGUCAUCAUGUGGCUUUCCCCACAAAAACAGUUCAUCACCACGAAAACGAUAGGACGGCUCACUGUUUUCCCGGAUGGCACCUUGGAGGUGCGCUACGCUCAGAUUCAGGACAAUGGGACAUAUGUGUGCAUUGCUAGCAACGCCGGUGGAAACGACACCACUUUGGCCCACCUACACAUCCACAGUUACUCGCCAGACUGGCCCAACCAACCCAACAAAACCUUGGCGUUUAUCUCCAACCAACCCAACGACAACGGAGCCAAUGGAACAAGAGCAACAGUCCCGUUCCCAUUUGAUAUAAAGACGCUAAUCAUCGCCACCACCAUGGGCUUCAUCUCCUUUUUGGGUGUGGUUCUGUUCUGCCUUGUUCUGCUCUUUCUUUGGAGCAGAGGCAAAGGCAACAGCAAACACAACAUUGAGAUAGAGUACGUCCCGCGCAAAUCGGACGCUGGGAUGAGCAGCAGCGGCGCUGAUGCCCCUCGGAAAUUUAACAUGAAAAUGAUAUAAUCCAGCCAAGGAGCUCAAAAGACCCUUUCAAAAACAGACUCGUAAAGACAAAAACAAGAGAUUCCCUGCCUGAACAACCUCUGGCUCUGACGAGCUCCCCAUAGAGGAGGGGUGUUUUUCCCCCUUUCUAAAGAUGGAUGUGCGGCACAGGGGUCGGUGCUUUUGUUCAAUAUUGAACAUGGGAGGGGGAAAAUGUCCUCUUGCGCACUCCUCUGUGAUGGCCGCUUAAACUCAGCCUAUGGGGACCAAUAUCUUUGAGAGAGGAUUUUGUUUUAAAACACUUCAGUUCCUGUGGAUUUUUAUGGGCAAAAAAACAUGGAAAAAAAGGAAAAACCGAACCUCCAAAAUGUUUUGUGUCGACCUCCAGAAGGCAAAGGCAGAGCAUCCUUCUCCCUGCUGUCCUGCUGCCCGCAUCUUUUUUGUUUGUUUGUUUGUUUGUUUAACCCAUUGUUUUCUUGUUUUCUACUUACAUGAAUAAUUUUAACAGACAGAAUAACAGUAGAUAAAUCAGGGGUGAAAAGCACAUUUAACAAACCUAACAGCUGCCCAAAUUCGUCUUCUACAUUGUGUCUAACAACAGAAAGUUGAAUAUAAUAGAUUGCAUUUCUAUUCCCACCAUAGAGAAAUAUGUGUAUAGUGCAACUUUC